CUGACAGACUGGAAGAGUCGACCUGAAACUGAGAAGAGACCGAUAACAGGGGACCAGGGACUCCCCUGAGGAAAACAGUCCCCUAGAGAUGGAGGACGGAGCUGGAAACACCAACAGCAACGCUGGUUCCAACAAGAUGGAGGGUGGUGUGACCAAAAAACGCCGGAAAAGAAACAAGGAACGAGGACCUGGCAGCUCCAGCAGGAAGAGCAAAGACAAAGAGAGGAGGAAGAAGAGAAAUCAGAGAAGAAGUAAGAGCGUCUCCAGCGUUAAAGAGGAUGCAGAAUCGAAAAGUAAGGGAGAGACGGAGGAGGUGGAGACGACAAGCAGCCAAACGGAGGAGAGAACGGAGGAGAGAACAGAGGAGACAGAAGCUCAACAUGUAGCCAAAGACAGCGAGCAAACUGUGGGAGAACAACGCCACGAAGACGCCAAGAUGGUGCACGCUCAGACUCAAACACGGAAACAUAAAGGUACAAACAAAUUCACACAAACUCCAGGUGUUUGUCAGAGCACCAAGGAAACACAGACAGACUUCUCUGGUGCAGAACGAGGCGACACCAUCGACGAAAAGACGACGAAGAAGAAGAAGAAGAAGAACGAGGCUGAGACGCAGCUGAAGGGAGACGAACUCACACCUGAUGCCACAAAAGAUGCAGCGGAGACGCUGUUGAAGCAAAAUGAAAAUCCAGACGACAAAGGGGCGCCUUCAGAUUCAUCAAAGGAUCAAAACCCCGAGAAAGAGUCAAAGUCUAAAGAGGAGAAUCAAAGUGCAGGAGCCUCGAGUGAGGCCCAAAAAAAAGACGCCAAAGGGAUGUCCUACGCCAAAGUUGUGUCUGGAGACGGAGGGAACAUGGAAGAUUCCAAAGCUGCAGAUAAAAACACAAAACCAUCCCAAAGCUCUCGCGACCGAAGUCCAGUGAGGCCUCCACCUUCUGCUCCCACCUUCACCGUCCACAUCUACGCUGUGCUGGACAAAACGUUCCGCUUCAACCAAGACCACGACAAGCUUCUUAUGUGUUAUGAGGGAGGGUUUCAACCCUUCAAGAUGACGCAUUUCGUUGGACUAAAACAUGGAUAUCUGGUAGAAGCAACUCUUUCCGUUGAAGAAAAGGACUUGAGGAGAGGUGAACGGUGGAGUUAUUGGUACGAAGUCAAGCAACGAGACAAACAGAUUCAAGGAAUUACCACGAGAAACAUUCAAAUUCCAUUCGACCGGAACAUGAAAGAGUUGCACCUUUACGAAGGCUUCAUCGCUCGUCAGGACACGCAUGGUUUUUGGCGAAGGGGCCUUAAUAUAUUCGGCUGGCAGAAAUCAAAAGGUGUUGAAAUAUCAGACGCAUGGCAGGCCUCGGCGAGGAGUCUGCUGGACAGAAUCUUCCUGAACUGGUCCCCGUCAGACAAACAGAGCACCGAGAGCUUGUGUGACAGCUUGAUGCAUUUUAUGUGGAGUCUCGGUUCUGCACACACAAGGAUGACAUUCCCAGACGGUUCACAACCUCCCAUAGUCAUGACAUCUGAACUGAUUGCGGAGAAGUUGGUUCAGAUCUUAAAAGGCGAGCCGAAGGAGAAACUCCCCGGCGGCUGGAGGAGCAGCGGUCCUCUCGUUCAGGGCCUUUCUGUGUUCAUGGUCACCAGAAAGUUUAGCAUCAACCUCGGAAUGAAAGGCUGGGCUGAUCUGUGUCUCCUGGUGUCCUCAGAGGCCGCAACGGACAAGACAAACCUGGACCUGUUGAUCAGUUCUCUCCAACAUCCACAACACGUGGUGUUGGGUCUGAUAAACCACUGUGCACAGCAGAGGGUGUCCGAGCUCGUCCUGCUCGUUCCUCUGCUCUUCAGGCUCAGACAGCCGGGAGCCGACGCCAUGAGGGUGGGUCCAGCUGUGGAGGAGGAGACCUGGUCGGGACUUCAAAAUGUCAAUUUCCGCAGGUUCAGGGAGAAUAUACAGUCCAGCCCUGACAAAAGACAGGUGAUGCUGAGUCUGAUCCAGACACACUUAGCUUUGGCUAAAGAAAUGCCUCUGCUCCGGAUGAGCUGGUCUUCUCUGGUCGCAUUCGAGGAUCUUCCUAAAUUUUCCGACCAGACGGGAUUACCUGCAGAACACCUGAUCCAGAGUCUGUUGUACAGGCUGCGACAAUGUGACAACAACCGAGCAGAGGGGAAUGUAAAGCACACUCAGAAAAUCCUGAGCCACAUACUGCUGAAGGUGGACAAAGAGAAGGACAGAAUGAUUGAAGGUGGAGAUAUCAAGCCAGCCUUCAUGAGCAGCAUCAGUGUGCUGAAGUACACAUGCCAAGUUGUGCGACUCGUCCAGUCUUACGAGGCCGCUGUCCUGUCCUACCAGCUAGUGAUGAAACUGGCAGAGAUGUUGGAGGCCAAACUGAGGAAAGAGUCCUCAGACGAUGACUUUGAGACAUUAAAGCAGAAACUAAAGGCAGUGCAGGAGGGAAUCAGACAGUGGAGAGAUGAACUGCUGCAAAAACCCCUUGUGACGUCAAAAACACUCAGCUAUCCAAAGGAAAUUGAGAUGUGGGAUGCUCUGCUGAAGGCCGACUGCUCCCUUGAAGAAGUUUCCUCCCAUUGGACGUCGAGCCUGAGAAGAGACCUGAUGAAGAGGAUCUCCCAGGCUGCUGAUGAGGAUAAAGUUCUGCUCUGCUGCCUUCCGUUGUCCUUGGCAGCUAUAAGGAAAAGCGGCGAUGUUGUACAGACGUGUUUCGACGAGCUGUGUCUGUCUGCUAUCAAGUCAAUCUGCCAGAGAGGGAAGGAGGGAGACCUGAUGCGUAGCAUGAAGGACCCUCCAGAAGUUGUCAUCUCUGCUGUUGUGGUUGAAUCAGCAGAACGAUUCAGAGACAACUCUGUAGUCCAGCUGCUCGACGAUCAGUCCGCCAUGAACCACCUGCUGUCUCACAGAGAAUGGAGGUCGAUCCAGGUGGAUGACACUGCAGGGCAGGUCGUCACCAGCUGUAUCUCUGCUCUGCACUCUCUGGUGGAGUCUCUGCUUCAGGGACACGUGACGCUGGGACACCUGCAGACCUGCCUGAAAUAUAGGAAGGAGUUCAAGAGGCUUCAUCAGCAGUACAAGAAAAGCACCAAAUCUGAGGUGGUUCACGUCGAUGCAGACGUUGUUUUGGCUCAGAGAGAGAAGGAUUUGGACUCUUUCAUGCAGCGGAAAGAGCAGAUGGAGACACUGAUUAAGAUGAUAAGAAAGGUUACAGAGAGCAUCACAGUUCCUGAGAUGUGUACUCUGGUGAAGCAGCACAGUGCAGAUGUCCAGACGGUGAGCCUGAACAAACUGGUGCUGGUUCAGUCCUUUGGCUCUGAUGGGAAGCUGGGUAAGACGGGCCCCUCCCAGGUCCUCUGGUAUAAAACCAGUCUGGAUGUCCUGAAAAUGGCAAGCGAGAUGCACAAACUGCAUCACAGCAACCUGGUUCUGUCCCGCUGGGAAAAGGGGGCGGCGUCUUUGGCGUCAACGAGGCCAACCGGUUCAUCUCCUGUUCCAGUCACACUGACACAGAUCUGUGACAACAUCUGGAAGCCACUGCUGACGGAGUUCUGUCAGCUGGGUGUCGGCUUCGCAAACGCUAACAUCACUUUCAAGCAGCUGGAUCAGGUUUUGGUGGAGUCUGGGGACCAGGGAGACGGGAAGCUGAUGAAGAGGGAGCUGCGUCUGAUGGCCGAAGCGGUUUGUGAGUCGGGACGGUCCAAACCCGAGGAGAGCUGGGUGGAUCAGAGACUGGCUCAGAUCCAGGAGUACCGACAGCUGCACGAGGCAGCGGCUGCAGCCGGUGCAAUGCUGAGAAUAGCUGAGAAAAUGAAGCUUACGGGGAACUUUGCAGAAAUCAGCACUCUCAGCCAACUGGAAGAAGACACAUUUAAGCAGAGGGCUCUGGGGUCCCUCAGCGACGACCUGCUUCGUGCCAAACGGCGACUCUCCACCGUCACCAAGCAGCACACUUCCGGUCUAAAGGAGUUUCUAGCGAGCCAAACUCUGGUCUGCUGGGUCAGAGAGAACCUUAAAAAUAUGAGCGAGGUGAAGGUGUAUGUCGACUUAGCUUCCAUAUCUGCCGGAGAGAACGACACGGAGAUCGACCAGGUGGCCUGUUUCCAUGACGCGGUGAUGGGCUACGCCCCUCUGCUCUACGCCCUCCCCACUCACGCUGGCUUUGAGGAGUUCAUGAAGUGUGCUCAGCAGGUGUGGGACACCCAAAACAGAGACGACAAGCUGCCAGACAAACUGAGAGAGUCGAAUCGCUUGUUGAGCUGGCUGAUAGCACUGAAGGAGACCCACGGCUCUGUGGAGCAGUCCUCUCUCUCCCUGGCUUCUUCUAUCAAUGCUCAUGGAGUUUAUCACAUCGGAUGGUCUGCUCACAACACGGAGAAGAGAUGUCUACGAAACAUGGUGGCGGUCACAGUGAGAAGGGGCUCAGAGGAGAAGAGCUACAAGCUGGAGGACCUGCUGGAGCUACAGAACAAACUCAUGCUCAUGUCCUCCAAAGGGGAGCACGGCAGAGAGCAGGUCAACAGGUUCACAGAGGUUUUUGAAGGAGUUCAGCGACUGGGCACCAUCCUUCUUCAGAUGCAGAAUUCCGGCAACAUGCUCUUCAGGGACUGGCAUGCCGAGGUCGAGUGCUGCCCACAACAGCAGCCGUGCAUCAAAGCCACCUUCUUAUCCCUGCAGGGUAAAGAGAUGACGUACGACGGCGAGGUGACCGAGCAGCUGCAAACGCUGGCUCACUCCAUGGAUAACUGCCAAAAGGAAUGGGGCUCCUUCAUCGGGGAGAUGCGCUCCAAGUUCAACCUGCUGAACCACUACACCUCAGAGCAGGUGGUGUACCUGUGCCACUGGAUACACAAAGUGUGUCACCGGCAGGUGCCAGUUCCUCCACAGUUAUGGCUUUUGCUUUUUCCCAUAAAGCCUCAGUGCACCCUAACUGAUGUCAGAGUCGCUUACACUAACGCAGAAAGUCUGAAAUCAAAGUAUGAUGAACUGGAAAACGUUGAGUCUGACAACGAAGAUCAACUGGAGUUCGUUCCUUUAAUGGACUUAACGCCAGCUUCAUCAGGACACUCUGAAGAGGACAUGGAAGAUGCUCAGGAUUUGAUGGAGUUUUCUUCAGAGGAUGAAGAUGAUGGUGUGACGAAAUGUGAUGAGAAUGCGGCAGAUGGCUCAAUAUUCAAUGAGGACAGUCUUGAAGAACUGUGGUGUAAAUUCAAGGAUGACAUGCCAAAGUACCUCAACGAGUACUUGGACAUCUCGUCUCUGGCCCACUUCCUCUCCUGCCUCUCUGAAAUGAACCAGCAGCACAUGAUCAGGAACCUUCCACCGGUCUUCCAGGAGGGGAGGCCCAAUCUUGUGCUUUGUCCCGGUGCAGAAGUUUUCACCACCGUCCUGUCUUUCUACAUGCAGAGUCCAGAGCAGCCUCUGCCGUCUACUGACGAGGUUCUAGUCUGCAGAGAGGAAACCACAGAGGAGGAGGUGGAGAUCUUUCUCCGCCGAGCUCUCGGCCAAGUUGCCGGACAAAACUGGCAGAAGAUAUACUCUCUCGUCAAUCCAGGGUUGCUGGGAUAUGAUGUCAGCGUAGCCUUGGGGGAGCUCGUCGAGGGUCUUGAGAGAAGCUGCAAUCCGCAUUAUCGCUUGAUAAUAGUCAGUCCGGUUGAGCACCAGCACAGAUAUGUGCCGUCUUACUUCAGCAAUGACAAAGUACAGGCUGGUGUGAGUCUAACAGCAGAGACUGCUCGGAAAUAUCUACAUCACCACUUCACUCAAAACACGUUCCCACAAGAUCAGCUCUCAGUCUGGACGGUGUCAUCUGUGCGCCCGGCAGUUGGGAAAUCUCUUUAUGUGGAUCGUUUAUUUGAGAAGUUCCAGGAGACAUCUCCCAGAGCAAAUCAUAUCCGGAUCAGACUGAUUGAGCCAUGUGUUGAUAUAGACUCUUUGAUUAAGAGUCUGUCGAAGAAACUGGCACCCUUGAGAGAGCAGGACCCUGUUCUCCUGCACAUUGACACCGCUGGAGUUCGUUCAGGUCUGGAGGAGCUCCUGUUCCAUCUGUUAGUUCUGGGCUGUUUGAGCGACAGCCAUGGCAUGCUGUGGAGAAGAAAUGUUGCUCAUUUGAUCACCGUUGAGGUCCUAAGAACAAACAAAUCCUCUCAAAACCAGCCAAAAGAGAUAAAGCUUGGACUCCUUGACAUUCUGCCUACCAUCCAUUGUAGGGCUCCAAAAGAGGUGAAGGAGUUGUUGGCCAGUAGAGGGGUGUUGAAAAAACAGAACUUUGAUCCACUCAUGGAUGAGCAGGAGUUUUGCAGUGAGGGGGUUCAAAGACCCUAUCAGUACUUAACACUCUACAGCAAGAAGAAGAAUCUGGAUCUUUUUAAGUACCAGGAGGGAUCCAGAAUGGGGAAUCACAUUGAUUGUAUCAAUGAAUUUCUGAAAUACUGUGGAAUGCAAGAUCCAUCUUGGGCUGAGCUGAAAAACUUCUCCUGGUUCCUCAAUGUGCAACUGAAAGACUGUGAGAACUCAGUUUUCUGUGAUCCAGAUUUUCUUGCAGACCAGCUGCCUGGUUUCAAGGGCUUCAUUGUGAAGUUCAUGAUUCUAAUGUCAAGAGAUUUUUCCUCGCCAUCCCUGAAUACAUCUGAUGAAAGUCUCAAGCUGCACAUUGACAACAAUCUGGAGGAUGAUCUUCUUGCCCGUCUGACAAUCCGUAAGCACUGGGAAAAUGAGUCUCAUCCGUACAUUUUCUUCAACGCAGAUCGAUUCUCAAUGUCUUUCCUCGGCUUUAAUGUGAUAUGUCAGAGGCAAAACACACUCAAUGCAGUUGAUCCUCGAAGCCACGAGGUCCUGAUAGAAAACGUGAUGUCACUAAGACUUUAUCAGGAUUUGGAACGGCAAAGGAUCUCUCUCACUGAAGACUUUGAUCAGUUGCCACGUGCGGACAAAAUCAAAAGGAUUUCCUGCGUUGUCGGUGCAAAGAAAGGAAUAAUGGACAGAACAUUUGAUCCGGACCCAACAUAUGAGCUCACUGCUGACAAUGUGAUGAAGAUGUUGGCCAUACACAUGAGAUUCCGGUGUGGAAUUCCAGUUGUAAUCAUGGGAGAGACCGGCUGCGGGAAGACCCGAUUAGUCCGUUUCCUAUGUGCUCUGCAGAGGGAGGAAAAACCAGUAGAGAACAUGGUACUUGUCAAGGUACAUGGUGGAACUACAGCAGAGAUGAUCUACAGAAAGGUGAGGGAGGCAGAGAUACUUGCCGAUAUGAACCGUAGAAUGCACAAGCUAGACACCAUUUUGUUCUUCGACGAAGGCAACACCACAGAGGCCAUUUUCGCCAUCAAGGAAAUCCUGUGUGACCAAUCAAUGAAAGGGGAACCUCUGAAGGCAGACAGUGGCUUGAAAAUAAUAGCUGCUUGCAAUCCUUACAGGAAGCACUCACCUGAAAUGGUGAAACGUUUGGAACGUGCUGGGUUAGGAUACAGGGUAAAGGCAAACGAAACAGAAGACCGCCUCGGCAAAGUUCCUCUGCGACAGCUGGUGUACAGGGUUCAUCCUCUGCCUCCAAGCAUGGCUUCUUUGGUCUGGGACUUUGGUCAGUUGAAUGAUUCAACUGAACUUUCCUACAUCAAACAGAUUGUCCUGAAGCAAGUUAGCGACCAUCGUUUGCCAGUCAACUGCAAGGACAUCAUUUCAAAUGUGCUGGCAGCCUCCCAGAUAUACAUGCGAAGUCGAAAAAACGAGUGCAGUUUUGUGAGUCUCAGAGAUGUGGAGAGGUCUAUGAAAGUGCUAGUUUGGUUUUACCAGCAUAGCGAGGUCCUUCUCAACAACUGCUCUCAUCUCAAUGCGGCUCAUAAAACACUGAAGUGCUUGAUCCUAUCAGUUGGAGUCUGCUACUACCCGUCUCUGGUGGACAAAGAGCAGUACCUCUCUGAAAUUUGUCAGUACUUUCCAGAACCUCUCUGCUAUUCAACAGCAUUGCAGGAAGAGAUUUCAUCCUGUCAGGACUUCUUCCUUCAGAACAUACAGACAAGGGAGACCAUAGCCAAAAAUGUUGCACUCAAAGAGAAUGUGUUUCUCAUGGUGGUUUGCAUUGAGCUCAGGAUCCCGCUCUUUCUGGUUGGCAAGCCAGGCAGCUCUAAGUCGCUUGCUAAAACAGUAGUGGCCGAUGCAAUGCAGGGCCAGAACUCCCACUGCGACCUGUUCAAGACACUCAAGCAAGUUCAUAUGGUUUCCUUCCAGUGCAGUCCUCACUCAAGUCCGGAGGGCAUCAUAGGGACAUUCAGGAACUGUGCCCGUUUCCAAAAGGACAAAAACAUGGACGAGUAUGUAUCGGUGGUGGUGCUUGAUGAGAUAGGACUUGCAGAAGAUUCUCCUCAGAUGCCCCUGAAGACCCUUCAUCCUCUCUUGGAGGAUGGUUGCAUUGACAAUGACAGGCCAGAUCCACACAUGAAAGUUGGCUUUGUUGGCAUUUCCAACUGGGCUCUUGACCCAGCAAAGAUGAACAGAGGAAUUUUUGUGUCGAGAUGGGAUCCAAGUGAGGAUGAACUUGUGGAAACUGCCAAGGGAAUUUGUUCAUCCUCCAACCCAAUCCUCCUGCAGAUCAAACACCUGUUCCCACCUUUGGCAAAGGCCUUCUUGAGCAUCUGUAAUAACACCACAAAGAAUCAGUUCUUUGGACUAAGGGAUUAUUAUAGCCUCGUCAAAAUGCUCUUUGCCGUGGUCAAAUCAACACAACAAGAGCCAGAUGGUGGACAGUUGGUGGAGGCCAUUUUGCGUAACUUCAGUGGACAACCAGAGGGUUUUGACCCUGUCAUAUUUUUCCAAGAGGUUCUCCAAAACAUAACGGAAAUUCCAAGACCAAGCACCUUGCAAAUGGUGAAAAAGAAUCUUGCCCUUGACACCAGCCAGGAGAGCCGUUACCUCCUUUUGCUGACCACCAACAACGCAGCUCUCCAUAUCCUUCAGCAACAAAUCUUUGCCAAAGGAGACUAUGCACCGCCUGAAAUAGUCUUUGGCUCGGGAUUCCCAAAGGACCAGGAAUAUGCCCAAAUCUGCCGUAACGUUAACCGGGUGAAAAUGUGCAUGGAGACCGGGCGUACCGUCAUCCUCCUCAACAUGCAAAAUCUGUACGAAAGCUUGUACGAUGCCUUGAACCAGUACUAUGUUUACCUCAGUAAGCAGCAGUACGUUGAUCUCGGCCUCGGCUCCCACAGAGUCAAAUGUCGUGUCCAUACAAACUUUAGACUGGUGGUAGUAGAGGACCAGAAGAAAGUCUAUGAGCACUUUCCCAUGCCCCUCAUCAACAGGCUUGAAAAACACAGAGUGGAUAGGAGUACCGACCUGGAACCGUGGCAGCACAGGGUUCUCCACAAACUGAAGGAAUGGGUGAAGGAAUUCUCAGGAGAGGCCUCAGCAGAUUUUAAGCAAUCUGACAUUUUUGUUGGCUACCAUGGCGAUGCCUGUGCCAGCGCUCUCCUGCAAGCACUGGAAAGGAGAGCACAAAAAGUUGAAGGCGGUGCAGUAAGUCAACAUGAAAAGCAUGAAAAAGUUGACUCACUGGAAGAAGAUGAACCCAACAAAAGACUUGAAUCAAAUUCCAACCAACAGAAAGAGGCAACUGAUAAAGAGGACGAUCAAUUGGGUGAUGAGAUGGACACAGAAAUGGCUGGAAAAGAACAAGGAAUCGAGUCAAUGGACGUUUGUGAUGACGAGAGCAAAGAUUUGAUGGAGACGGAAGUUGCCGCUGGGGAAAACGAGGAAGAAGAGAUCUUUGACUUAGCAAAAUGCCUCUUGUUGAACUGUGCCACCCCUGACGCUGUUGUGAGGCUCAAGUAUUCAGAUUUAGCCAACCAAGAGAAGGAGAAACUCCAGAGAAUGUACUUCCAGCAACAGCGUCACCAUUCCCUCCGAAAUUUCCUGGAAGAUUGCCUGAACAAGCACCAGGGGUCGAGCAAGUUUCUAGAGAUAACUACAUUCUCCAGCCUGCUAACCAAAUCAGAUAUCAGGGUUGUCGCCCCUGCUCUAGGACUGCAUACGGAGAAGAUCCUCCUGCUCUCGCUCCACCAGUUUGACACGGAGGUCUCCUUCUGCAACAUGAUACGGGGCUUCCUUCAAGAUGCUGACCCAUCUCUUCGCAUCCUGUUAAUCCAGAUGGACCUCGAGGAAUCCAACUGCAGUGAUGAGCUCAUAGCAUCAGCAAAAUAUUGCACCAUGAACUACUUUAUGUCACUGGAGGAUCAGACCUGUUGGGUGAUUUUCAUUGUGAAGGUUUCUAGGAUCCCAAGUAAAUCUCAGUACAUCGGUUUCCAAGGAGGCGUCUGGCACUCAGUGCACAUUGAUGACCUGAGGGAUUCAGAGGACAUGAGCCUGAACCUGUUGGUUUUCUGUGGAACUCUCAUUAGCAACCUACUCAACCCUGCACUGUCAGAACAACCUUACGAUGGAGAAACUGUGAACACAAGAAGAGACUCUCAGGGAGAUAAAGCCCACCUCCACAGCCUAUCCUUAGUGAGAUCAUGUAUCCAAAAAGCUGUGGGUUUGCUGAGGGACCUUGAUGGUGUGCCAUCACGAAGCAUGCAGCGGAUGCACAUCCUUCUGACUCUUCUGGGAGCUGGUAAAGUGCAAAUAGGAGCUCACUUUCAGGAGGUGUUGUUGAGUAGACUGGCAGAGGCUUUGGCACAGAGAGAAGAAACGAUGGCCUCUCCUAAGGAGUGGGUGAGCAGAGAAGCCAAGAAACUCCAGGCUCUGCAGGAGGGGGGAACUCUGAGACACACCCUGUGGCGUUGUCUUCAGUCCAGCGUGACUCCAAUCUUGGCCAACAUGUUGGAAGUUAUAGACAGAUAUGCAAAUCUGGACCUGCUGUCUGAUGAGAGGCUCAGCCAGGGCCUGGUAAAGCUGUGGUUGGACAUCCUGGCAGAUUCACAAAUUUUAGGCCUAACACCUCUUCAAAAACCAAGUGAGUCAGACCAGGAGGUUCCUGUGGAUCACUACUUCAUGUUGGAUGGUAAAGAACAACCCUGUUUUGCUCCGUUCAGCUGGCUCAUCAGACUCCAACUUGAAAGCUUGUGGGAAGAAUCUGAAUUCAUGCCAGUAACAAGAGAGGAUGGCACAGGGAGGAUCCUCCAGUUUGUGAGCAGCUUCUCCAGCAGCCGGCUGGGCAGUCACUUACAGAAACUCUCCGACGAGGAGCGAUGGAAGUACGGACAGCUCUACCUCCAGGACUUCCUGCUGCUCGCUCUGAAGAUCAAGUCAAAGGACGAGCUCAUGGUGUUCUCCAGGGCGAUGUUGGGCUGUGUGUCUGAGCUUCAGACCUCCGUGGGUGCCGCCCCGGAGCUCUCGCCCGCUUGGAUAACGGCUGCUGCCAAACGCUUUGCACCCAGACUGGACUCUCUCUGCCACAUGUUUCUGCUGCAGCCCCAGCUAGCAACCGUUGUCUCUCAGCAGGGGUCGAAGAGGGAGCCCCAAGAAAUGGUGGAGGACAUUGGAGCUCUUGGUGUUUGUGUGGAAGAGACCAAACUGCUGACCGUGACGUCCCUGCAGGAGUGCGAGACCUUUGUGAGCAGAGUGGAGUUUCUGCAGCCGUGUCUGGACAGAGUGUUCGGUCAGAAAUACAGAACCCUCUGCAGCCCCGGCUGUCUGCAGCAUCUGGACUCCAUCAGGUCACUGUGGCACGGGAUGCUGGUUGUUGCAUCCUAUAUCCAGCACGUCAUUUUCAGAGUUAUACAGAAUGACUCACGGCUGAUAGAACUGGCUCUGAAACACUGCAACCUUCACCUGAACCUGAUGCAGGAGUCACCUGAUGUGAGGAGGGUGGAGACACUGCAGCAGCUGAUCCGGAUCCUCAAUUCUUUUCAUGAUGAGUGUAUCAGCAGAGAUCUGAGGUUUGGUAUUUCCUGCGCAGUUUGCCUGUUGGAGUUCAAAGAGCCGGCCGUCCUGCCCUGCCAGCACGUCUUCUGUUCACCGUGUCUCCAUCACUGGAUGCAGGAGCAAAGAAGUUGUCCUAAAUGCAGAACAGACCUGCCACCCAACUUCACGCCGACUGUUUCUCAACCUAUCAGGGCAGCGCUUCAGCAGCAAGCAGUGAUCAGAGACUGCUGUAACUCCUUCUUCCUGGAGGUGGUGUCCAGGUUCUGUCUCUCAGAGGGGCAGAGGCCCGGAGACGGAGUGGUGGAGCUGCUCUUCUCCCUGCUGGUCUCCGCUAACGGAGAAGUGUACCGGACCAGAGCGCUCACUCCAUUCCUGGAGUGUGUGGAUAACAGUCCAGUGGUGAGAUCCGUGCUGCCAAAACUGCUGCUGCAGCACAGUUUCGAGCAGGUGAAGACUCACAUUCAGACCUACCUGAAGAAUCUGUCAGAGAAUCUUCUGACCAGAGAAGACCGCACUGAACUCUACCUGCUCUUUGUCAACUGCUUCCAGGACUCUCUGUUGUGCUCAGAGGCGAGAGAAGCUGAGCCGAGCAGAGAAGAGAAGAGACGAGCGGAGAUGGUUUUCCUGAGCAGCAUCGUCAGUAAACAGACUCCGGACAGAAAACAGGAUCCAGCAGAGUUCCUGCUCAACGUCGCCAGACUCAGAAUAUGUCUGAGCACUGCUGCCCGGCUGCUGCAGGAGGCCGGAGCUCAAGGCAGACCUUCAGGUGUGGAGGCUCAGUACCUGCAGCAGGUGCAGGCGGUGUGCGAGAGCUGUGCCAACGACUGGCACAGGGUUUACCUGCUGCGAGCCCUCCACAGGCUCUCAGGUGUGGACUGCAUUCUGUCCAUGAUGAACAUCCCGGCCUGGAGAUGGGUGUUCCCUCAAAAACUCCUCCAACUGCAGAGAUCGAUUCCAAAUCAAAUGGACCAGUUCCUCUGCUGCGGGACGCCGUAUCUAGCCAUGAGAAACGCCGUGGGUCACGUUCUGUUUGAAGAACGAUCCGACACCUUCACAGCUCACAUACAGAAGCUCGGCCGUUCUCAGAUCAGUCUGCUGGCUCUGGCCUUGUUCAGACAGGUCACCUGCCGCUACAAAUCACCUGACGCCAGGAUGCUUCCCUCCUCUCAGGACCUGGCGAAGCUGGAGGAGCUCCUGAAAAACAUCCAGCCGGUGGAGUUCAGGGAGUUCUGCACUGCGCUUCUGUCAAACUGGAUUGGCGGCCCACAGUUGGGUCUCCGCAUCGACGCGCAUCUUUCAGCUCAAAGACAAACCCUCCUGGAGCUGCUAGUCCAUCUGGACUCUGUGAUCCUCAGUGGAAACUCUCUACUGGCCCCUCUUCAUCAGAUCGCCUCCCAGCCGCAGAAUGUUAGAAACUCCUUUCUGCCAACCAUGCCCGACGAUCACACAAGUGAAGUCAGACAGUGGUUGGCUUUAGACACAAGAGCAAAGAUGUACUAUUGUGCCAACGGACAUCCGUGCGUUGUGACAGAGUGUGGCAGACCGAUGGUUCAAGCAAAAUGUAAUGAGUGUGGAGUCCUGAUUGGGGGGGUGAACCACAACCCAGUAACAGGAUUUACUGCAAAAGAAAGUGUCGGGGAUCAGACUAAGACGGGACACAUAUUAGGAGUCGCUGGCCAGAGGUCUGAAGCCCCAGAGAGACAGAUGACGGUCGCUCAGUCCUGCAUCCUGCGGCUGUUCACACACCUCGCCAUGCUUCAAGGCGCCACAAGAAAUAACAGAGGAGUUGGUGACAUGAUACACCCGAGGACCCACGAUGUUCUCAACUUCCUAUGGAGACACCUUGAAAAGGAUUUGCAUGUUUUAGGGCAGGCGCUGGAUCAGAACAUGGACAACACAGCCGUUACAGUUCAUUUGAUUCUCAAUACAUGCGCAAAACAAGGUUCCCAUGGAGCGAGACACGACCUGUCCUCCAGACAACGACGGCAGCAGUGGGAGAAGCUCGUCUGUGAUUCUGCCAUCAAACCAGUACUUAAUGAUUUGCCGAAGAAUCUCUCUGCAGCUCAGGACAUAAUCGGUGCUGACGACGGUGUUGCUGGAAGCCCCCUGAUGAAUCUCCUCUUCAAGGAUCCCGGGACCAUGUUGCCCCUCCCCUCCGACUGCCCGACGCAUCGCUCCUCUUUCUGGACUCUACCGGAGUCGAUGACGGUGGAGCGCCUCACUCAGCUGGUGGGAGAAGCACAGGGACACAGCUCCUUACCCCUGCUGAGCCUGUUCCUCAAGAAGAUUCACUGUGUGAGGCAGCUACAUCACUUACCUGAGCUGGCGGCGUUACAGUCCGACCUGCUGAGGGCGUUUCCUCUGACCUCACACUCUGCAGAUCAGACUGUGGCACAGAUGUUACAGAAGAUACCAGCAGGAUACCAGAAGAAGUUGCUGCUGGAGAGAGUGGAGACAUUCAUCAAGGUGUGGAACUGCCUCAGAGCCGAGGUGGCAAACAACUCAGCAGACUUGAGUGUGGAUGUGAACUUGACAGCCGAGAGCCCGGGGAAGUUUCUGACUCUGUGCCGACACGGACCGGGCUCUUGUCUCCGACUUCUGGUGGACUUCCUGUUGGAGACUCACAACAGCCUGGUUAAAGCGAGCCGCCAAGAGGACAGUGAAUACAGUGUUCCUUUAGAGAGCGUAUCAGAAACCCAGCUGACUCUGUGCAGCCCGGAAAGAGAGCUGCUGCCUCUGGUGUUAUCCCACUGCCACUACACCCUGAAGCAAGGUGGAGAGACGGACAGAAACUACGACCUGCUGGGGAUCCAGACCCAGCUGGCCCGACGCUUCCUGGCCGGGAAACCAGUCAUACAAGCGGACAACUCGAGGUACCUAAACAGACACCUGCAGGACUUCUCUGUGGUUCUCAACGAGGUCCGGAACAAGAUCCAUCAGGAACCGCUGAAGGGUUCUGUGAGCAGCGCCCUGAGAACGGUGCUGCGUUCCUACAAUGAUGUCUGUGACGCCGUGUUUGUGGUGGAGAUCGGCCUUCGCUUACUCGGCAAGAUGGGCGGAGAUCCACAAGGUCAACUGCUGUCCUACCUCGCUGAUUCCCUGAAGAUGGAAAAGCAGAUUUCCAGCACUGUAGCCAAGGGUCUGGGGGAGUGCAAACUUGAACACAGCGUAUUCACCUGGCAGCUCCUGACGUCUUGGAAAUCUGAGCUUAUGUUGAACCGAAAGCAAGACCCGUUUCAGAGGCUUCCCUCCGAGUUCCAGCAGAAGCUGUCUGUGGAGGAGAGGAAAGAGCUGAAGGUUUUCCUCGCUGCCACGGAUGUUGACACUUUCUCUUUGGAGCUGCAUGAAAUUCUGCUGCUGAAGACGAGCAAUGCUGUGGCUGACCAGGGUUACCAACCACACUGGGACAUCAGGUCCACCUUAGAGGUCCAUUUGGAGCAGAAAAACCUUCCAGAGCUGCUGGGGCUCGAGUCUUUACCAGAGGACAUCACACUGGGACAAGGGGUCGACGUGUGGAAGGCCGCUGUAGAGUUUAAAAGAAGAUAAAUGAUUUAUAUAGACUUAUUUCUGAGCUUUUUAUGUGAUUUUAUUUUUGUUAUUAAUGUUUUAUUAAUCACGGGAUAUCUGGAUAUUGAAUGUAAUCAUUCCAUAUGAUAGGGCAUGUUCUGAUUAAAUCAUUCUGUAUAUUUUUAGAUGUCUGAAAGUGACAUGGGUACAAAUGAAUGCCUUUGAAGCAGGCCUUUUUCUAUUCCUUAUAUUACAUUACAUUACAGUCAUUUAGCAGACGCUUUUAUCCAAAGCGACUUACAAUAAGUGUAUUCAACAUAGGUAUUCAAGAGAACUACUAGUCAUAAGUGCAUCUCCUUUCUUAUAUUUCAUGUUCAAUCUGUUAAUGAGGAUUCUGGGAACAAUUAAUGAGUCUGGGAACAAUUAAUAAAAUCACUAUGAACAAA